GAAGGACUGUGGUCAUUUCCCUCCCUGCCACCGGCACCCGAGCGCCACACGGACCGGACACCACAAAGACGUGAUACCUGUGACUAUGGACCUGGGAUUGUGAAUGGAAGAUCUAAAUUUCCUCCCUCGCUUUGACUCGGAGUGACCAGGAGCUGUGUCCACAUACAACAAACCAAACUUGAGAGACUAGAACAAGAGCUUCAGCCAAUAUCCACUAUUUCAACGGGUCAAAGAAUAAUUCCAAGAAGAGCCAAAGGUCACAUGACUUAAGUGAAGCCUGCCUGAACGUUCUCAGGACUUUAUUUUGAAGUAAACACCACAAUAGAGACACUAUGAUUUAAGGAGGCUGACCCACAGCAGCGCUGCUUCAUCACGGACAAGCUGAUCUUUCCCCGGAAACCCCAUCACAAAAUACACUUCUGUACUCACACCAGAAACAAGGAGAUAUUAUCAUGGAUAUUUUUGGAGGUGCUCCUCGUGUUUUGGGCUACCCACGCCCUGUGGUCGCACAGUGUGGCACGGAUACCACGCUGAGGUGCCAGAUCGGAGGAGACCCUCGUCCUGACGUGAUCUGGGAGCGUAAAAAUGUCCAGAUCUUGUCUGAGGGACGCUACAAGCUCGCAGAAGAGGGAAAAGCUUACCUGCUGACCAUUACUGGAGUGACCCAGCAGGAUGCUGGCCAGUACAUAUGCAAGGCUAGAAAUAGCAUAGGUGAAACGUACGCAGCAGCUUCCCUCAAAGUGGAAGGAGAGGCACAGCAGCAGGAAGGAGGGCAGAGGCAGCUAGAGGUCAAUGGAGGACACCUGAAUGGCUACUGUGAAGUGCAAAAUGGUGAACACAGGGCAGAAAAUGGAGCUGAGAUAAAUGGAGAACAUAAGUGUAAUGGAAAGUUUAGUGAAAAGCGAGAAGAAGCUGAUUUAAUAUCUGAUGAUAAGCCUCGAUUCCUCAUCAAGCCCCUCUCUCUGCGCGUGGACAGAGGAGAAGAUGCUGCCUUCUCUUGCAAAAUCUGGGGCACUCCCGUACCAGAGGUGACGUGGGAGAAAGAUGGGAAGAAGCUGCACGACAUCUUCGAAAGUUCACACUUCAGCGUGAGCAACCAGGACGGUGGCUGGUUCCAGCUCAAGAUCUACAGGACGCGCAUGCCAGACAAAGGCGUUUACACCUGCAAGGCCAUCAACUGCCACGGCGAGGCCUUGGCCGGUGCCGUCCUCCUUGUGGAGCCCGUACCGGAGCGGGAGGAGAGCAAAAAGUCCUCAAGUGGUCACACUAACAGCCAGUGGUCGCCAAAGCAAAGAGGUGGGCGACUCAGCUUGUCGAGGCUCAAAGAGGAGGCCCCCGUCAACCCGUCUGCAGUCAAGAAGUUCGCAGUGGCCGAGGGGAAACACGCCAAAUUCCGGUGCUUCGUGACUGGGAAGCCGAAACCCGAGAUCCUCUGGAAGAAAAACGGGGUUCCCCUUGAGCCCGGGAGGCGUCACCUGAUAUUUGAGGACAGGGAGGGGUACUACACGCUGAAGGUCCUGUACUGCAAAGAGCAGGACACAGGGCUUUACAUCUGUGCAGCAUCGAACGCUCUGGGAAACACCCUCAGUGCUGUUCACCUGUCUGUCAAAGGCCACGCUGUUCGCUUCAGGCGUUCAUUAAAAGACGUGGAGGUGAGGGAGCGGGACGUUGCCGUGCUGGAGUGCGAGAUGCCCGACGAGUCGCUCCCUGCCGCCUGGUACCUGGAGGACCAGAGGCUGAUGCCCAGCAGUAAAUACGGGAUGGAGCAGAAAGGAACCAGAAGAAGACUCACCAUCCAUGACAUCGGGACAGAUGAUGACGGCGUGUAUCUGUGUGAGAGGCCUGAUGGAGCAAAGAGCAUCGCAGAGCUGUCAGUUAAAGGUACUAUUGUUCGUAAACUUCCUCGGAAGAUGGAGGUCCUCGAGGGCGAGAAUGCAGCGUUCUGCGUGGAGGUGGAGGACGAUGAGUUGGAGGUCCACUGGUUCAAAGACGGCCUGAAGCUGCAUGAGACACACCAGACGAUCCUCAAGACUUUCGGCAAAACGCACAUUCUGGUCUUCGUCAACGUGGCCCACCAUGACUCAGGGGUGGUGACGUUUGUCACAGGGAGAUCCAAGACAUCGUCACGCCUCAAAGUCAAAGCCUCCAGACACUGUCCUCCUAUCGGCCCUGGGAGCGUCAAGAUGGAUGUAGAUCGACCCAACAGCGCCCUUCUCUCCUGGGUUCCUUCCCCCAACAGCCAGACGUCCACCCGCUCCAUCUUCGUGCUGGAGAGACAAGAGGUGGGCUCCCAGGAGUGGCAGAAGUGCUUCACCUCGGAGAGCGCCACCUCAGCUGAGGUCGCCGGUGACAGCGUGCCGUGUGAGGGCGACUACCGCUUCCGCGUCUGUUGCAUUAACAAGUACGGGCGGAGUGGUCACGUGGAGUUUCCCAAAGUCGUCCAUCUGGUGCCUGGGCCCAAAAUUCACAGUCACCUCCAGAGCUGUGAGGUUGUAGAGGGAGAAGACGCUCGCUUCUCCAUCGAACUGUCUGCCUCCAUGGUUGGAACCUGGUUUCUGAACAGCGCCCAACUGCAGCACGGCGGACGGUACUCGAUACAACAGUCCCAAACACAGCACUCGUUGGUUAUCCAUGACACUCACACGACAGAGGACACAGCAGAGGUCACGUUCAUAGCCAACGGAGUCCGCGAUUCAGCUGUGCUUAAUGUUAAACCUGCUGUGAUCAAAUUCACCCCUCUGUCAGAAUCAGACAGCAGUAAGACAGUAGAGACAGGUGACGCUAUUGUUCUCUACUGUGAGGUCUCCCACCCCUUUGCGAAGGUAUCCUGGUUUAAAGAUGGCGAGGAGCUCCAGGCGACCGACAGCCUCACCAUCCAAUCAGAUGGGAACAUGAGAAGGGUUGUGAUCCAAUCGGCUGACGCGUGUCACUCUGGAGUUUACACAUGUGAGACUUCAGGGGACGUCAUCAAAUUCAAUGUGGACGUUGCAGGUCCUCCUGUAGAGUUUGGUCCGGUCCCACAGGAGGAGCUCCAUAAGAGCAGCAUGGAGCUGGACCCUGUGGUGCUGCUCUGCCACGUCUCCAGGGAGGAUGCAGAUGUCAAGUGGUAUAAGGAUGGCCAUGAGAUCCUGCCCAGUGACAACAUCACUCUGCAGGCAGAAGGAACGGUGAGGAGGUUAAUAAUCCGCUCUGCAGACUCCUCAGACGCUGGCAGCUACACCUGCCAGGCAGGAAACAAGAGCAUGGAGUUCACCGUCAAUGUCAGAGAGCCUCCGGUGAUGAUUGUGGAACCUAAGGAUGACGUUGUGAUGGAAAGCUACAUCUCAGAGGAGAUCCACCUGCAGUGUGAACUGUCCCGUUCUGGCGGUAAGGUGCAGUGGUUCAAGGACGGCCAGGAGGUGGAGGCGAGCAACCACAUCCAGCUGCUCUCUGAGGGUCCGUACAGGAGGCUGACCGUCCUCUGUGGGUCAGUAGAAGAUGGAGGAGAGUACGUGUGCAAAACAGACGGAGACUCUGUUUUCUUUCAGCUUACUGUCACAGGUUUGUUUGCACUCACUUCUGCGAUAUUCACGUUUGUGAGAUUAAAAGGUCAAAAAAGUUUCUCUUAUUUUUCUCCCUGUUCAGAGCCGCCCGUCCGAAUUGUCUUACCAACUCAACCAGAGCUGGAACUGAGCCAUUUGGCCCCCGAGAGGCUGGAGCUCAGCUGUGAGAUCUCGCAGUCAGAUGCCCCUGUCCGGUGGUACAGAGACGGACUAGAGGUAGACGAGGGCCCUAACUUGAUCCUUGAGGUGGACGGGGCACAACGCCGGCUUGUUAUACCCAUGACCACUGUGGAGGACACAGGGGAGUACAUAUGUGACACUGAAGACGACUCUGUGGUGUUCCUAGUUACUAUUACAGAGUCACUCGUGACACUCACUCGUCCCGAGAACACACCUGACACACUGGAGAGUUCUGCUGGUAAACCCAUUGUGAUGGAGAUCAACGUGUCCCGGCCAAAUGCAGACGUCAGGUGGUGGCUGGAUGGCAAAGAAAUAGAGGAGAGCAAUAACGUCACCAUCACAGAGGACGGGCUUGUCCGUCGACUGACCAUCCACGCUCCGACCCCGAAGGAUUCUGGAAAAUACACCUGCAACGCUGUUGAUGAUGAAAUUGAUUUCCACGUCAAAGUUUCAGAGCCUCCGGUGAUGAUCUUAAGAAAAUCAGAGAUAAAGACAAAUCUAAAAUCCCUGAUUUCUGACGACAUUGUGCUGGAGUGUGAACUCUCCAGAGCCAACGCUGUCGCCAAAUGGUACAAGGACAACUGUCGGAUUGAGGGCGAUGAAAGGUACUGUGAAGAAGAAGAAGGUGCUUUCCGCUCGCUGGUCAUCCUCAACGCUGAGCUCAGAGACUGCGGAGAGUACUUCCUGGAUGUUGGAGAUGACAACAUCACCUUCCAGGUUACAGUAGAAGAGCCUCCAGUGGCCAUUAUCGGAAAUUCAAUUGACCCUGACUUCCAGGAGAUGGUGGCAGGGGAUGAUCUGAUCCUGGCCUGUGAGGUGUCCCGGGCCAAUGCCCCCGUCCAGUGGUACUGCAACGACAAGCUGCUCACCUCUGACCCGCGCACUUACAUCGAGAGCUACGGGACUCUGAGGAAAAUCAUCAUCUCAAAUGUGCAGCCCUCAGAUUCUGGAAAGUACGUGUGCGACGCCGUGGGUGACAAGAUGAUCAGUGUCAUCAGGAUUCAAGAACCUCCGGUAACGUUCGUGAACAAGGAGGAUGACAUUGUCGUGACGUCUUACGAAGCAGAGAGCGUGACCUUGACGAGUUACGUGUCCAAGGAAAGUGCUCAAGUGCGUUGGAUGAAAGACUGGACGCUUGUUGAAGGCGAACGCUUCCGAGCACUCGUGGAGGGCCACAAACGCACCCUCACCAUUGAGCCUCUGAGGCGCUCUGAUGCGGGAGAGUACACAUGUGACGUCAACACGGAUCAGAUCAACUUCAGCCUGCUGGUCAAAGAAAUGAGAAUCAGGUUUGUGAGGCCACUGCAGGACACCGUGGCUCACGCUGAUGGAAUGGUGACCCUUCGCUGUGAGGUGUGCAAGCCAAAAGCAGACGUGCAGUGGCUAAAGAAUGGCGUGGAGGUGGUUCCGAGCAGGAGGUUCUCCAUUCGGGCGGACGGCGUCGAGCGAAGCUUGACCAUCCAUAGAUUAACCAGAGAGGAUGCUGGGGAGUACAUCUGUGAGUCCAGAGAUGACCGGACCACGGCGUCGCUCAGAGUAGAGAUGCCUCGUGUGGUGGAGUUCCUCACAGAGCUCCACAACACCACCGUGCUGGAAGGAGAAGAUGCCACUUUCAAGUGCGUGGUUUCCCCAGAGGAUGUCCAGUUGCUGUGGCUCAUGGACAACGAGACGAUAACACUGGGCGAUCGUUUCCAGGCGACCCAGAAUGGCCUUUGCCACACCUUGGUGAUUAAGAAGUGCCAGAUAUUGGACUGUUCAAGGAUUUCAGCAGAGGCUGAGGGACAAUUGAGCAAAGCCAGCCUCAAAGUUCAGGAGGCUCAGGUCAUGUUUACGAAGAGAAUGGAGGCUGUCAUGGCAGAAGAGCUUGGCGACGCCACCUUGGAAACGGAGAUCAGCCUGGAGACGGGCGAGGUUCAGUGGAUGAGGCAGGGGGUGGUCAUACAGCCCGGUCCUCGACACACGCUCGCCCAGAACGGCUGCAAACGCAGUCUGACCAUCUGCAACCUGAAUCUGUCGGACCGGGGAACCUACCGCUGCGAGACCCUACAUGACCGCACACAGGUCAAGCUCAAUGUGGAACCUCGUAAAAUCGUCAUCCGCAAAGUCCUAGCUGACCAAGAGACCUUUGAACGAGAGACCGCCUCCUUCGAGGUGGAGCUCUCCCACACGGACGUGGAGGGCAUUUGGCAGAAGGACGGCAUUCGCGUGAAACCAAACAACCAGUGGCGCGUGAGCACCAAUGGGCUCGUCCACAGCCUCACCCUGUCCAACCUCACCCUGGAGGACACGGGCACCAUCGCUUUCUCUGCUGAGGGGGUGCGCACCACUGCCAGGCUCACAAUCAAAGAGACGCCGGUGUCUAUCAUGAGAGCGCUGGCUGAUGUCCGUGUGGAGGAGGAAUUUCCUGCCACUCUCGAGUGUGAAUUGUCCCGGCCAAACGUUGAAGUCCGAUGGCUCAAGAACGGGGCAGAGCUGAAGCCAGGGAAGAACUGUCGGAUCUAUCCGAUGGGUCGGAAGCGGUUCUGUCAGAUCUUGCAGUGCUCCUGCGCUGACUCUGGCACCUACACGUGUGAUACGGGGGAAAUUAAUACUUCCUGUUCACUGGAGGUUUAUGAGCAUAAGUUGGAAAUAGUGCAGGACCUGGAGGAUAUUUACAUCCAGGAGGACCAGAAUGCCGUCUUCAUGUGCGAGGUUUCUCUGGAGGACGUGACGGGAGAGUGGUACAAGGACAGCCACAAGAUCCGGCCCACCAGCACCAUCAAGAUCCGCACUGAAGGGACCAAACACUUCCUGUUGAUGUGCAACGUCACAGCUGAAGAUGCGGGUGAAAUCCGGUUCGCAGCCAGAGACGUUGAAUCCACAGCUUAUCUUGAAGUGGAAGAACUUCCGGUGUCCAUCGUCAAACCCCUGCGAGAUCGCACGGCGCUGGAGAAACAUCGCGUGAUCUUGGACUGCACCUUGUCGUCGCCCCGCUGCGGGGUCUCCUGGUUCAGGGGCCGGGAGGAGCUGGUGUCCGGGGGCCGGGUGGAGGUCGUGGCGGACGGCUGCUACCACAAGCUGGUGAUCCAGCAGGUGGUCGUGGAGGACGAGGGCACCUACAGCAUCCAGGUCGGGGAGCACACUUCCGAAGCCAAACUGAUGGUGGAAGCUCAGGCACUCGUGAUGGUCAAAGAGCUGGAGGACGUGGAGGUGACUGAACCUGAGCCGGCGUCUUUCCAGUGCGAGGUGUCUGUGGCCAUAAACAAGCCCCCCAUUUGGACUCUGAACGGGGCACCCCUCCACCCGGGCCCCGGCGUCCGGCUGGAAAACCACGGGACGGUUCACAAACUCACCCUGAGGAACACCAGCGCGGACAUGAGCGGGACGGUCAAGUUCACCAUGGGCAAGGCCAAGAGCAGCGCCGCGCUCAGCGUCGUGGAGGAGUAGAGGAACGAGAAGGAGAAAAGAAAGUGACUCAGAAAGAAAGUGAAGGAACUUUAUGCAAAAAUGGAAAAUGCUUAUGUCCCCUUGAACUUUUUUCAAAUGCAUUUGUUGUGAUUGGAUGGCCUGCACUUUCCUUUCCAAUUUCAAAUUCGAGAUAUUCACUGAAGCUGGACUGGGACUGAACUAAGCAUUUUGAACAUGAGGCAUGUUUCUUCAGUCCAGUUAUUCCUUUUUUUACAGUGUAGAUGAUAUUUAUUUUCCUAGUUGACCUUACUUCUUCGUAUUGUGAUGAAAACCCCUCAAAAUAAAAUAUAAAGCAAAAUGUU